CCUCCAUCCUGUUGGCAUCUUCAUGGCAUGGGGCUUUUUGGGUCAGUGAGACUUCGAGGUGGCAAAAAUGAGUUUGAAGGCACAGUUGAAGUUUAUCUCAAUGGAAUAUGGGGGACGAUUUGCAGCAGUCAUUGGGAUGAUAAUGAUGCAUCGGUGAUAUGCCAACAACUUGAACUUGGAGAAAGAGGCACAGCAAAGCAAACCCCAUUCGCUGGACUGGGCCUUAUCCCUGUUUACUGGAGUGAUGUCCAUUGCCAUGGUGAUGAAGAAAAUAUCCUGCUAUGUGAAAAACAUAUUUGGCAGGGUGGAACGUGUCCUCAAAAUAUGGCAGCUGCUGUCUCAUGUAGCUUUUCUCAUGCCUCUGAUUUUAUCCCAGUCCGGCUGGUCGAUGGGAGCAGUGCUCAUGAAGGAAGAGUAGAAGUCUACCAUUCUGGUCAGUGGGGAACCAUCUGUGAUGACCAAUGGGAUGAUGCUGAUGCUGAGGUAGUCUGCAGGCAGCUUGGUCUUGGGGGAGUUGCCAAGGCUUGGAGCCAAGCUUAUUUUGGAGAAGGUUCAGGGCCUGUGCUGCUAGAUGAAGUGCGUUGUACAGGAAAUGAACUGUCUAUAGAACAGUGUCUAAAGAGCUCCUGGCAAGAGCACAACUGUGGUCACAAAGAAGAUGCAGGAGUAUCCUGCACUCCUUUAGCAGAUGGUGCAAUCAGACUAGCUGGUGGGAAAGGGAACCACGAGGGAUGGUUGGAAGUGCUUUACAAUGGACAGUGGGGCACUAUAUGUGAUGAUGGGUGGACUGAACUGAACACACAUGUGGCCUGUCGGCAGCUGGGAUUUAAGAAUGGAAGGAGUUCAUCGGAACGCUACAUAGAAGAGGCCAGGGGACCUAUCUGGCUGGAUGAUGUCAGCUGCUCAGGAAAGGAGUCUGCCAUCCUCCAGUGUUCAAAGAGGGAGUGGGGAAGGCAUGACUGCAGCCACCAAGAGGAUGUCCGACUCAGUUGCUAUCCAGAUAAUGACAGCCACAGAAUCUCACUGGGGCCUCCCAUCAGACUGAUGGAUGGUGAAAAUAAGAAAGAAGGACGGGUAGAGAUCUUUAUCCAUGGCCAGUGGGGGACAAUUUGUGAUGAUGGAUGGUCCGAUAAGGAUGCAGCUGUGGUAUGUCGACAGCUUGGCUACAAAGGCCCAGCAAGAGCAAGGACUAUGGCAUAUUUUGGAGAAGGAAAAGGCCCGAUCCAUGUUGAUAAUGUGAAAUGCACAGGAAAUGAAAGAUCCUUGUCUGACUGCAUUAAACAGGAUAUUGGCAGACACAAUUGCCGUCAUAGUGAAGAUGCUGGGGUGAUCUGUGACUAUCUUAACAAGAAGGCAUCUGGGAACAGUAAUAAAGAUUCUCUUGCUUCUGUAUGUGGUUUGAGGUUACUGCAUCGUCGCCAGAAACGUAUCAUUGGUGGGAAGAAUUCUUUAAGGGGCGGAUGGCCCUGGCAAGUUGCUCUGCGACUGAAAUCAUCACAUGGAGAUGGAAGAUUGCUAUGUGGUGCCACUCUCAUCAGCAGCUGCUGGGUGCUUACUGCAGCACAUUGUUUUAAGAGGUAUGGCAAUAACACCCGUAGCUAUGUGGUACGAGUUGGAGACUACCACACAUUGGUGCCUGAGGAAUAUGAGGAAGAAAUUGGAGUGCAAGAGAUUACACUGCAUAAGGAAUAUAGGCCUGAUAGCAGUGACUAUGACAUUGCACUAGUGAGGCUGCAAGGACCUGAGGAACAGUGUGCUAGGUUCAGCACUCAUGUCUUGCCUGCCUGCUUGCCACUCAGGCGAGAGAGGCCACAGAAAACAGCUCCAAAUUGCUAUAUCACUGGUUGGGGUGACACAGGAAGAUCUUACUCAAGAACAUUACAGCAAGCUGCUAUCCCCCUGCUUCCCAAAAGGAUCUGUGAAGAAAGGUAUCGGGCACGGUUCACAGGGAGGAUGCUAUGUGCUGGUAGCCUUCAGGAGCAAAAACGUGUGGACAGUUGCCAGGGAGACAGUGGUGGACCACUGAUAUGUGAACGCCCAGGAGAAAGCUGGGUGGUAUAUGGGGUAACCUCCUGGGGUUAUGGCUGUGGAGUCAAAGACUCUCCAGGUGUCUAUACCAAAGUUUCUUCUUUUGUACCCUGGAUACGAAGUGUGACCAAACUAUGACCACCCCCCUGGGGUGGGUGGGUACUUUUUGUGUGCAUACUCCUUUUUGGAAAUUGAAACAGGUCACCACAAUGUAAUGCUGACCUGUGUCCGUUACAUUGAAAAGGGGCAGAGAAGAGAUUGUACUUCUCUAAUGACUUCCUAUAGAUGAAGCUACAAAGCAGCACAGAUCAGUUGCAAAUUCUGUACACAACAAAUUUUCAUGACUGCAAGGUGGAGUAAUAUACAAACCUUUUUUGGACAGACGGUAAAGUGGUCCUACCACUUUAUUGCAAUGGUAAAAUUAAUAGCUGUGAUAUUUGUCACUGUUCAGUGGGACCCCUGGAGGCUUCAAAUACAUUUAUCAAACUUCUAAAAAGUUGAUUUUUUUAAACAUAGUACUUACAUUGAGACCCACUAUGUGUUGUCUUCAGACACACUAAACUCCACAUGGAUCACAAUAAUCAUAAAGACUGAUACAAUACAUCCUUGAACAAGUAGUUCUUGUACUCAGAUAGGUACUACCUGAUUCUUAUUUCACUACCUUAAAAGUUUUAAGCUUGCUCCCACUGAAUCUUGAAGUGGUAGUUUCAUGUCAGUAUAUUGUCUAUGUACAUGUGAUGAGCAACCCAUGCUGUUUUUUGUACUCAUUCUAGUUGCAACAUGUUAGCUGUUCAAAUUACGUCUGCAUCUGUGUGAUCAGUGUUUCAGCAUGUACUGUAUCAGAUUUGUAGCAAUGAUUAUACAAUACCUCAGUUAUCAAAAUCCUGAAAAAAUAGUCAACUAUCUGUUCUAAAAACUAUUCUUCUAUGGCAGCCACCCCCAUUUGCUAAUCAUGCAAAAUUGGUGCUAAACAUAGAAUGUUUUCAUUCAGUAUUUAUAGCUUUCUGUAAGGUCGCACUGUUUAAUUACAUAACAUUAAAUAAGCGGGUUUUGCUUUGAGAUAAAAGCCCUUAUAUGAACUGAUUCAGUGCUGUUGUCAAAAUCACCAUAAAAGAAAGGUAGGACUCUUCCUAAACCCUUUGUGUAAAGAAGCUGAUUUUUCAAGGUAACGUUUAACUUUGCAAUAUGAUCCUGUCUUACAGUAGAGCUGUUUUCAUUGGUCUCUGCUUGAAGCACUUUCUGAAAUCUAUAAUCUGAAAUCUUUGUUGCUAGCCUCUCUAAAGUGCAGGUAAUUCAUUUCAG